ACCGGCGGGAGGCGGAAGUGGCGGCGGCGGCGGCGAUGGCUCUGCCCGGUGCCCCCGCCCCGGCGGCGGCCUCGCUGCCGCCGCCGCCCACCGUGCUGAUGGCGGUGCGGGCGGGGCUGGCGCAGGCCUCGCGCCUCCCGCCGCUGCCCGCCGGCGCCCUGCGCCUGCAGCUCAGCGUCGCACCGGCAGCUGGCGGGCAGCGCCGCUUCCGCCUGGGCCUGCGGCAACCGGAGGCGGCCGGUGGCGCGAACAUGGCUGAGUAUGACCUGAAGGAGAUCUCGUACAAGGUGCGGAGCCCCACGUGCCAUGAGCUGGCGGUGCCCGGCUCCACAGAUGAGCCUCUGGUGCUGAACUUCGAGGAGGAGCGGGAGGCCCAGAAGUGGUGGACGAUCGUCAGCAGCUCCCUGCGGGAGGUGCAGAAGGCCUCGGACAGCAUGCUGGCGUCCCAGGACUCAUCCCUGCCUGGAGCUGCUGGGGGGGGCUCUGCAGACCAGGAGCCGGAGGCUGCUCCAUACUUGGAGCUUUCUGAGAAAGAGGAACUGGCCCUGCACCUCUCCCAGGCCAUCGAAUUUGGUGAUGAGAAGGUGGCCUCGCUCUGUGCGGCAGCUCUGGCGCGCCAGCAGGCCACGCUCAGCAUCCUCUGGAAGGAGUCCAACUACCCCACAGAGGAUAUCAGCAUGAAGGUUGUGGUGGAGGAUGCCACAUCUUCGGCCAGCGUCACCAUCAGGGUCCGUGCUCACACCACCAUCGCCACGCUCAAGCAGCAGGUCUUCCGGGAUUACGGGUUCCACCCCUUGGUUCAGCGCUGGAUCAUCGGGCAGUGCCUGUGCGUGGACGAGCGGACCGUUGGCUCCUACGGCAUCCGCGGGGACGGCGACACGGCCUUCCUGUACCUGCUGUCCGCGCGCACGGCCGAGCUGACGGAGCAGCAGUACGAGGAGGACCAGGCGCGGGCCAUGCUCAGCUCCACCUCCUCACCCACUGAGGACUCUGCCGCGGCGCGCAGAUACAACACCCUGCCCAGCACCUCUCCCAGGAAAGGCUGGGGCAAUGAAGCCAGCAGGAAAAUGGACAUCAGGGAGAUCAGCCAGCACCUGGACACGCUGCAGAUUGGUGACGUGGUCAGUGGCCAGCCUAAGGCUGCUGCCACCAGUCCACCCUCACCAGUGCAGGCGGGCUGGGCCUGUCCCAAAUGCACCUUCAUCAACAAGCCCACACGGCCGGGCUGCGAGAUGUGCAGCACCGACCGUCCUGAAGACUACGUGGUUCCCGGUGGCUACAAACCAGACGAGACGGAGCUGUGGAGGAUGCAGCAGGAGCAGGAGGGGAUCCGGCAGUACCAGCAGGCGCUGGAGGCCGAGCGGCUGCGGAACUUCCAGCAGCUGCUGCAGGCAGAACAGGAGGUGCUGGUGCCCAACCGGGACGUGCUGGAAUGUCGCAUCUGCUACCAGCAGGUGGCACCGGGCGAGGGGGUGCUGCUGCGCGAGUGUCUGCACAACUUCUGCAGGGAGUGUCUGCGCCAGGUGAUCAACUACAGCGAGGAGCCACAGGUGGCCUGUCCCUUCCGUGACGACUCCUACGCCUGCAGCAGCCACCUCCAGGAGCGGGAGAUCCGGGCGCUGGUGUCGCCGGAGGAGUACCGGCGGUUCCUGGAGAGGAGCCUGGUGCUGGCCGAGCGGCGCAGCCGCAACAGCUUCCACUGCAAGACCACCGACUGCCGUGGCUGGUGUAUCUACGAGGACUCAGUCAACGAGUUCCGCUGCCCCAUCUGCCAGGCCCUCAACUGCCUCCUCUGCAAGGCCAUCCAUGAAGGUAAGAACUGCCGCCAGUACCAGGAUGACCUCCGGGUCCAGGCGCAGAACGACUCGGCCGCCCGGCAGACCAACGACAUGCUGCAGACCCUGGUGCAGCUCGGGGAGGCCAUGCACUGCCCCACCUGCCUGAUCAUUGUCCAGAAGAAGGACGGAUGCGACUGGAUCCGCUGCACCGUCUGCCAGACCGAGAUCUGCUGGGUGACCAAGGGGCCACGCUGGGGGCCCGGGGGUCCCGGGGACACCAGUGGUGGAUGUCGCUGCAAUGUCAAUGGGCAGAGGUGCCACCCCCGCUGCCAGAACUGCCACUGAGCCCCAGACUGGCCCAGGGUCCGGGACACACUGGAAGCAAACAGGGCUGGGAGCCCCUCACCAAGGGCUGGCCCAGCCAGGAUCAGUGCCAGCCCAGCAGCUGGAGCACAGCCUGGAGCUGCUUGUGCAUCUCUCACCAGGGAGAGCCACGUGAAGCAGCCAGGGAAGGAGAGGAUGGACACGGGGCCAGAAGAUACAGUGGGGCCCCAGGCCAGGAUGUGGGGGGGGCUCUGCCAGUAGUGGAGCCCCAGCAGUGAAGAGCAGCAUGGUCCACAGUGCUGGGUGUCCCAAUAAAGCCACCCGUGUGCCCCA